AUGGGCCCCAUCAGGCUGUACUCGGAUCGUGCGGCAAAAUUUGCUCCCAAACCGAAGGAGGCUCCGAUAAGGGCGAGCGAACCGGUCGGCGGAAAGCCAAACAUCUUCGAGGACUACUGUGUGAAUAGUUCGAUACAUGGGUUUAAAUAUUUCGUUGGCUCGAGUCGAACGAUUGCGGAGAAGAUCUGGUGGUUGGUGGUAUGCAUCGUCUCAAUUUACGGGUGCGCGCGUCUCAUCAAUACGGUGUACGACAAAUGGCGCCGCAAUCCGGUCGUGGUAACGUUCGCGGAACAGCCAACGCCGAUCCACGACAUACCCUUUCCGGCGGUCACCCUUUGCCCGAUAACGAAAGUCAAGACGAGCGUGCUGAACUUCACCGCGCUCUACCUGCAAACGGUUCAGCACAAUACGAAGCACAACAUUUCCGAAGAGGACUACGACCGUUUUAUGGCAAUGAAUCAGGUGUGUGAUUUUGCCUUCAGUGAGUUCGCCGACGAUCAGACGUACGAUGACAACAUAGUCAGCGUGCUGCAGGACAUAGCGAUUCCGUUCGAUGAAAUUUUUGUUUCAUGCGCCUGGAAGAAUAAAUACGUCAACUGCAGCCAGCUCUUCAAUCAGGCCCUUACGGAGUCCGGCAUCUGCUAUACAUUCAACUCGCUGUCGGCAGAUGAUCUGCUUCGCAAGGAAGUGUUUCAUAACGAAUUCGAGCACCUGGCUGAGACGCGAUCUUCCGAAAAUUGGUCCAUGCAGGAUGGAUACAAACCGAACCUCGGGUUGGAUACGUACCCCCGACGUACCCUGAGUCCGGGCGUAAUGGCUGGGAUGACUCUAAUCCUCAAGUCGGAACUGGCCGAUAUGGAUUAUCUCUGUGGAGGGUUUCUGAUGCAGCUUCACAGCCCCAACCAGUGUCCUCAGAUUUCGACCCAACACAUACGCAUUCCGAUGCAUCAAGCCGUGCAGGUGCGUAUCGAUCCGUUUCUAAUAAGCACCUCCGAGAAUGUGAUGUCAUACAGUCCCGAAAAGAGGCAGUGCUUCUAUAUGCACGAGCGGUAUCUUCGGUUCUUCAAAAUCUACACCAAACGCAACUGUGAGCUGGAAUGUUUGGCCAACUUUACGCUGCACCGGUGCGGAUGUGUGUUGUUUUCAAUGCCUCGAAGUUCCGGUACAAGAUUGUGUGGUAUUCAAAAGUUGAAGUGUUGCGAUGAGGCCGACGCCAUAUUGCAAGAGCAGGGUCUCAACCUCGUGGACAACUCGUCACGGGAGCUGGUGAGCUCUUGCAAUUGUUUGCCGGCCUGCACCUUCGUGCAGUUCAACGCGGAGAUAUCGCAGGCGGACUUGGAAUGGCGUCGGCUAACGGAGACGAUCAACCUGUUUCCGAACAAACUUAAUAACUCGGAUCUUUCCCUCAUCUACAUCUACUUCAAGGAGGGACAUUUCAAUUCGAUUAAACGAAAUCAAAUAUUUGGCGUGGACGACUUCAUAGCCAACUGCGGUGGAAUACUGGGUUUAUUCAUGGGUGUCAGCCUGCUGAGUAUCGUCGAAAUACUGUACUACUUCACGAUGAAACCGCUGAUUAACCAUUUCUUUCGAGGACGAAGAAAUGCGAAGAAGGUUGUCAAGGUGGAACCGUAUCCGGCAACAACAGGACAGUAUCCUAAUAAUUCUUUGAAUGUAUUCUUACGGGAAAUGACUUAG